CCGUCUUGUCUUGCUCCACGACGGUUCCGUUCGAUCUCAGGCUCCGAUCUCCUCCAAGAUCUCUCUCCACUACCCACCCAGGUUCUCGCUUUCUCAAUCUCUCAUUCAUGGCUGUUCUUUGAUUCCGUUCUUGUUGCUGAAUUUGAAUCUGGGUGUCCCCGGCGGCGAGAGUCAGUUUUCUUCCGACGCAGUAGAUUGCGGCUCUGUCUCACUGAUCUCACGUUCCAAAUCCGGUAAGGCGAGUCAUUUUCCCACUCGAUUACAUCCCGGAAACCGACCCACAUCGCUUUCUUGAGCACCCGCGCGUCAGGUACUUGUUGGAAGUCCCAAAUCAGAAUCCUUUUUAGGCGCAUAUGACCGGAAGUCUAUCCUUGCUUGCCAAAAUCUCCCUCUUUUGGAGCCACUUGAAUUGAGCGAAGAUCCGCAAGUUCUAGCUUUGGUGCUCGAUUAGGAGCUGCGUUUGGCAAUAUACGAUGUCUUCUAUUCGAUUAGAUUCCCAGAAGCCAUACUUCGCCACGAGCGGCCUCGUGGUGGGUUACGCUCUUUCCUCGAGUUUGCUCGCCGUGAUAAACAAGUACGCCAUCACCAAGUUCAACUACCCUGGCCUCUUGACUGCACUGCAGUACUUGACUUCUGCUUUGGGCGUUUGGGUGUUGGGGAAACUUGGAUUUCUGCACCACGAUCCGUUUGUUGUUGAAACUGCCAAGAAGUUCUUGCCUGCUGCUCUCGUGUUCUAUCUGGCGAUAUUCACGAACACGAACCUCUUGCGCCAUGCCAAUGUGGACACAUUUAUUGUUUUCCGUUCCUUGACGCCCCUUCUGGUUGCUUUGGCCGAUACUGCAUUCAGGAAACAACCAUGCCCAUCGAAAUUAACAUUUGCAGCGCUAGUCAUUAUCCUAGGUGGUGCUUUUGGGUACGUGGCUACUGACUCGGCUUUCACAUUGACUGCGUAUUCUUGGGCAUUUGCUUAUCUGAUUACCAUCACGACUGAGAUGGUGUACAUAAAGCACAUGGUCAUGAAUCUUGGAUUGAACACUUGGGGUUUUGUGUUGUACAACAAUUUGCUAUCGUUGAUGAUGGCUCCAAUCUUCUGGCUUAUCACAGGAGAGUACGGUGACGUUUUCGCUGCUUUGGGAGCCAAUGCAGGGAACUGGUUUGAAUUGGAUGCAUUCUUUGCUGUCUCUUUGUCAUGUGUAUUUGGUUUGCUUAUCAGCUUCUUUGGUUUUGCCGCAAGAAAGGCAAUCUCCGCAACAGCAUUUACUGUGACUGGGGUUGUGAACAAGUUUCUUACAGUUGUCAUCAAUGUGCUGAUCUGGGAGAAACAUGCGAGUCCAUUUGGUCUAGUUUGUCUCUGCAUUACUAUUGCUGGAGGAGUCAUGUAUCAGCAGUCAGUCACUGGAACAAGCAACACUACAGCUCAGCGUGAGUCUACUAUGCCUAAGCAGGUCGACAGUGAGAAUGAAAGUGAAGAUUUUGUAGAGGAUAGGCAGGGAAGGGUGACUGGUAAACUUGCUCUAUGAAUUACAUUGUAUUGCCUCUUCGAUUGUUCUAGAUGGUGAAUAGAACAGUUGAUGCGCCAUCUUUAGCAUAAAGCUAUUCGAGAUUUGAGGCCUUUAGUUCGUGAAAUGUUUUGCCUAUUAUUGCGAUACUAUUAUCUUUUAGAGGAUAUGGAUGUUCGUUUGAAUUAUGCUAGACGUAUUGUUUAAGCUGGCAAUGUGGCUAUUCUACUAGUUUGUCGUUUGGUGAGAGUCUAAGUUUAACUAGACUGAAGGUUUAUAUCUUUCGACA